UUUCAUUUUUAUCAGAGCCAACGAGAAGAGAAACAUAGAUAUUGCUCAGAGUUGCAACAAGUGGGUGUUUUCGCCACAGACUGAGAAAAAAGUGUUGUAUCUUGCCGGGAAAGGAAAGUUGGUUUAUCUGGUUUUCUACGUCAGAGAAUUGAACAUGUUCAUGGGUAUCGCGCAGUAUAAAAACUUGAAUAUAGGAAAAAAUUUUAGCAAACCGACAGCAAGCAUCGCGUGGACUUUUACCAGUCCAGUUCAUCGCAAUAAAACAAAGCAUUUACACAACCCGUACAAUUUUGGAAAACCGAUCUUCGACGCCCAAGAUGGCAUGGUGAUACGCCAAGAUAUAGGAGAAGAGUUAAUAAGAAUUUACAGCGAAACGGAGAGACAUAAUUAAUUUUUUGUUCUAAAUCACUCUUCACCUUAUUUUACAUUUAUUUUUUAUCGAUUUA